AUGAGGUUCACUUUGAAAAAAAUAUUCUUUGUAUUCCUAACAUUAUUGAUAAUACUGAUAGGUUAUUUAUUACUACAAUCAGUUGAUUUACAACGUAUAAGGGAACUUUUACAUGAUAGUGAAAAAUUUGAUCUCGAGAGUCUAAAGCAAGCUAGCUUGGAGAUAAGAAAAGAGAUUCAUUAUACAAAUUAUUUAUUCAGUGGAUACGACAACUUUACACAGCAGUUUUCCGACGAGGAAACCCUUAAGCAAACUUCAUUAAAUGAUAAAUGCAAACUAGUUUUCACACAAUGGAAAGAGUCGCAUCCAGACUUUGAAUUCAAAACUUUCGAGCCUGAAUAUGAACGGUACGAUAAAUCUUCUGACCGUAAGGAGUUAUUUUUCAAAGAAAGAAUAAACCAAUUGAGAAAACGGUUCGAGAAGGACAGCAAUAAUAAGAAUAAACAGUUCACAUUAUCAAGACAGGACAAUAAAACUAUUUCUCAGGAAUAUAUGGAACAUGUGAACCGGUCAAAAAAUGUUUUACAAUUCAUGGCUGAUUUUGUAUCAAUGAUGAGACUAUAUGGCAAGUGUUUUUUUGGUAGAGAAUUGGACGAUGAGUUGAAAUCUAUUUACAAUGAGUUUAGAGGGAAGCUUUUCCCCUUUAUAAGCAGCCAAGCUCCCAAAUUCAGAAAAAGUGGGGAGACUGAAGAGUUUGGUUGGCCAAUUUACGACAAUGAGAAUAAUAUUAUUGAUAGGAAAACUGAAUUUGGUGAUAAUCCCAUUGAAUUUCUUCAGAAGAAUUCUAAAGGUAAAGGAAUAGUUAUAUCUGUAUCAACAAGAUAUGCCAAAGAUGCAAUGAGAUUGAUAAAAAUACUUCGAGCAUUGAAUAAUAGACUCCCUAUCCAAAUUAUAUACAAAAAUGAUAUUACCAAGAAAAAUAUUGAACUUUUGGAAUUUGCUGCAGUUGCAACUCCAGAAGAAUUAUUUGACCCCGAAACCAUUCGAGAUGGUGCUAAAUUUAUGCCUGAAUUGAAUUUACUAGAACAUUAUAAAAAUUAUGGGUCUGAAUUCCCCAUUCAAGAUUUAACGUUUGUCAACAUUGCCGGAUGUGUUUCACGACCAUAUAGAUUUUCAUUCCCAGGUUAUUCAAACAAAAUUUUAGCAAUGCUUUAUUCUUCCUUUGAGGAAAUCAUUUUAUUUGAUGCAGAUGUUGUUCCUACAGUGAAUCCACAAGAAUUUUUUGACUCCAAAUAUUAUAAAUCUUCUGGGACUUAUUUUUUCCAGGACCGAUCUUUACGAGAUUUUAAUGAUUUCAUAGAGACAAAUUUCUUUAGUACGUUAUUUCCAAGUAACGAAAAAUCCAUUGAAACAAUAUUUGAUAUUCCUAGAGUUGGUGAGAAAACUUUCAAUAAUAAGUAUAUGACAGGAUGGAGACAUUAUCAGGAAGCUGGGGUUGUUGCUUAUAAUAAGAUGCAACAUUUCUUAGGAAUUUUAAUGAUGUUCCCAUUAGCACUUUGGAGUGAACCAGUGCAAUCCUCUAUUUGGGGUGAUAAAGAAAUGUAUUGGUUGGGUUUAUCAAUGGCUGGAGAUGAGAAUUAUGAAUUUAAUAAGUAUGCUGCAGCUUCUGUUGGUGAAAAAACCACUGAACAAAAAUACAAGUAUUAUCCCAAUUCUGACAGCAAUGAAGUGUGUUCGACACAUCCUGGUCAUAUUGAUGACAAUGGGAGGUUAUUGUGGAUAAACUCAGGGUUUAGUUAUUGCAAAAAGAAUGGAUAUUUUCGAGAUAAAGGAAAAUUUCCUUUUUCAACUUUUGAACUCAAUGAUUUAGUCGAGCUUUAUAAUUCACCAAUAAAAAUUAGAGCAGGACUUGUUCCCCCUGAUUUACCUAAUCAAAGAGAACCAGGAAGCCCCCCUGAUACCAAACCUGAAAUGGAAUUUCGUAAAUCCUGGAAAUCACGUAAAAAGGAUACCGACGAAAUCAAUGAGAAAUUACCCGAGGGUCAGGAACCAUAUGACUUUAUUAGUGAAUGGGGACCUCAAAAAGGUUGGGUAAAAAAUGGAAUUUGUUCUGGUUAUUAUUACUGUGCUUAUGAUAAAAUAACUAGUUAUUCUUCGGAGAAGGAGUUUGAUACUGGGACACUUUUUGAAUUUGAUACCAAAUCAUGUGAAUUGUAUGAUUAUUUGAGUAAAAUAUGGCACACUGGUGGAUCCAAAAUGAAGCCAAAAGUUAAAUUAGAAACUGAGAAACUUGGAACUGGUUCGGAUAAAGAACAAMMAAAAGAUGCAACAACAGUAAGGUUGAGAAUUUGA